CAUCAUUCUUAUGGGCUACAGAAGUAGCUCUGCUCCGUCUGCCCUGCUCUCUCAUCCCAUAGAUUUGCCUCUUGCGAUUUCAAAGGACCUCCUGCUUAAUCUCUCAAACACAGCAGGGCGGACAGAGCUCGAACGGAUCCUUGGUUUACAAAAAUGUCUUAUCUCAGAAGAUGCUUACCAUUGGCUCAGCAGAUAACCCUGCUGAACCAACCAGCUGCCCCUGUGUAUUCCAUAUGUAGACAGAGGCUUUUCUCAACAUCUUCAAGGUCCUUCACAAAGACAUACCUAUUUACGUUGGACAGGCCUAUAUUACAAAGUACAACAUCAACCCUGAGCGGCCAACAUAAAAUACAUACAUCUGCCCAUCAUUUCAAGAAAAGAAAAAUACAGGAGGAAACUCAGAAGCAUGAGCUUGAUCUACUGCGAUAUGACAUUAAAGCACUGAAAGAUGCACCCAAGCCUGCUCUGUACCUUGGUUUGGCAGGGUUAAUUCCCUUUGUAAGUGCACCUCUUCUAAUGAAUGUGACUGGAUGCUAUUACCCUGAGGUGGCAUUUGCCCAAGUGGCAUAUGGAGCUUCCAUACUUUCUUUCCUUGGAGGUGUUCGUUGGGGUUUUGCUAUCCCAGAAAACAGCCCUGCCAAACCUGAUUGGAUGAAUCUCACAAAUAGCACAGUUCCAGCUCUCCUGGCCUGGCUUGCUUUACUCUUCAGGGAUAAUAUAACAGAGGCUGCAGUGUUAGUAAUUAUGGGGUUAGGCAUUGCUCUACACUACGAUCUUGCUCUGCUGCCUACUUACCCUUCCUGGUUUAAGGCGCUACGUGCCAUUCUAACUGUUGUAGCCGUAUUCUCUUUAGUAGGAUCUUUGAUUAACUCAAGUGUAUAUCCCCAUAAAUCACUAGUUUCCCAAGAACCCUAAAGUUUGUUUUAGCAACAAGGCCUGAACACUUCAUUAACAGUGUUUCUUCCUGUUUGUGGACAAUAUUUGAGUCAGGGGAUUAAAUCACAGCAUCACAUUCAACUGAAUGCCAAAUGAAUGUGAAUGAAGGUUUUCAGCCCUGUUAUAAAAGAUGGUACUGGGAAAAGAGGGACAUAUUGGCUUAACUUAGACUGAAGUAUUAAACAUACUUGGAUAAAUCAA